CCAGCCCCGCCAGCCCCGCCAGCCCCGCCAGCCCCGCCAGCCCCGCCAGCCCCGCCAGCCCCGCCAGCCCCGCCAGCCCCGCCAGCCCCGCCAGCCCCGCCAGCCCCGCCAGCCCCGCCAGCCCCGCCAGCCCCGCCAGCCCCGCCAGCCCCGCCAGCCCCGCCAGCCCCGCCAGCCCCGCCAGCCCCGCCAGCCCCGCCAGCCCCGCCAGCCCGCCAGCCCGCCAGCCCCGCCACCCCGCCAGCCCCGCCAGCCCCGCCAGCCCCGCCAGCCCCGCCAGCCCCGCCAGCCCCGCCAGCCCCGCCAGCCCCGCCAGCCCCGCCACCCCGCCAGCGCCCGCCAGCCCGCCAGCCCCCGCCAGCCCCGCCAGCCCCGCCAGCCCCGCCAGCCCCGCCAGCCCCGCCAGCCCAACCAGCGCCGCCAGCCCCACCAGCCCCGCCAGCCCCACCAGCCCCGCCAGCCCCGCCAGCCCCACCAGCCCCGCCAGCCCCGCCAGCCCCGCCAGCCCCACCAGCCCCGCCAGCCCCGCCAGCCCCGCCAGCCCUGCCAGCCCCGCCACCACCAGCCCCACCAGCCCCACCAGCCCUGCCAGCCCCGCCAGCCCUGCCAGCCCCACCAGCCCCGCCAGCCCCCCCAGCCCCACCAGCCCAACCAGCGCUGCCAGCCCCGCCAGCCCCGCCAGCCCCACCAGGCCCACCAGCCCCGCCAGCCCCGCCAGCCCCGCCAGCCCUGCCAGCCCCACCAGCCCAGCCAGCCCCACCAGCCCAACCAGCGCUGCCAGCCCCACCAGCCCCGCCAGCCCCACCAGCCCCGCCAGCCCCGCCAGCCCCACCAGCCCCACCAGCCCCACAAGCCCCACCAGCCCCACCAGCCCCGCCAGCCCCACCAGCCCCACCAGCCCCACCAGCCCCCCCCCCACCAGCCCCGCCAGCCCCACCAGCCCCACCAGCCCUGCCAGCCCCGCCAGCCCUGCCAGCCCCGCCAGCCCACCCAGCCCCACCAGCCCCACCAGCCCCACCAGCUCUGCCAGCCCCACCAGCCCCACCAGCCCCGCCAGCCCUGCCAGCCCCACCAGCCCCACCAGCCUCACCAGCCCCACCAGCCCCACCAGCCCUGCCCGCCCCACCCGCCCCGCCAGCCCCGCCAGCCCCGCCAGCCCCACCAGCCCCACCAGCCCCACCAGCCCUGCCAGCCCCACCAGCCCCACCAGCCCCACCAGCCCCGCCAGCCCCGCCAGCCCCGCCAGCCCUGCCAGCCCUGCCAGCCCCACCAGCCCCACCAGCCCCGCCAGCCCUGCCAGCCCCACCAGCCCCACCAGCCCCACCAUCCCCACCAGCCCUGCCAGCCCCGCCAGCCCAACCAGCCCCGCCAGCCCCUCCCGCCCCUCCAGCCCCACCAGCCCCACCAGCCCCACCAGCCCCACCAGCCCCGCCAGCCCUGCCAGCCCCACCAGCCCCACCAGCCCCG